CAAUUCGUCUCCUCACGUUUCCCAAAUCGCCGCCGGGCUACCCAGGCAUGUGUUCCUUGCCGAACAAGGAAGACAAGAUGUGACGCUGCACAGCCGAAAUGCGGCUACUGUGCCCAGCACAACGUGGAGUGUGUAUACCGUGAAGCUCAACAGCCACGUAUCGACCACGGUACUCAGGUUAUCCUGGAAAGAAUUCAGCUCCUGGAGGACCGCCUGACCUCUGUACAACUUGUGGAUGCUACCCCAGCAGCGUCCGUUCUGCUGUCUCGCCCGACCCAGGCUCAACCUCCCCAAAAUUCUGAAGCAGAGCCAGAGGGACAGAUAGCCUCAUCUCAUACCGCAAAUGCGAAUCAUGUUCAUGACUGGCCAGUCGUCCGGCAGCUCCUGUCUGAGGUCCCCGGGCUUGAACGUCAGCUUGCUGGAGGUGCCACAGACAUUUUCUUUGAACCUUCAACUCAGACGCGGCCUCCCCCCUCGUCGUGGAGGCUCUUCGAACAAUUCUCCUCCGCUUCUAAUUUAGAUUAUCAGCGCCUCAUUGAGAUCUAUUUUGCAGAGGUUAACGUUAUUUUCCCAUUGCUCUCUUCUGACGACCUCUACCUGAUCUAUGGCCAAGUGGUAACAGAAGACACCACUGAGUGGCAGGAAACAAAAGCCUCUGUUCCUGUUGGCGAAUAUGCUUUACUUUUGCUUGUGCUCACAAUGGCUACAUAUGUCUCCAAGGGUUGUAACAAGGUCAUGCUGUCACUGAAUCCGAUGCCGGAUGACCCCCAAGAGGAUUUGCUGUGGAGUAAGGCGGUACUCCUCCUUGGACCUGUCUCUUCGGAGAUGUCAAUCAUAGCUGCCCAAUGCCUCAUGUUGGCCAGCUUAUACCGAGGCGCGAAGGGUCGUGUAGCUGAAUCUUUUCACUGGAGUCAUUUAGCUGCCGUGAAGUGUGACGCACUGGCUCACUCUUACGUACAUGUCAAACAUAUGCGUCCGCCAGAUGAGUUCGCCCGCUUGUUUUGGGUUGCUUAUAUCUACGAGAGUGAUUUCGUAUCCGAGGUUUCACUCAAUCAGCCUUCAGGGAUCGCUCGCUACGAGGAUCUGAUUCCGUAUCCCACUGUCAAAGAGCUAGCUGGCGGUAGAGCAUCUGCCGAGUCUGUAGCUAUCGCUCGACAGGAGGAGCUCGUUGCAUUCCAAAUCACCACCAACGCCUCCAUUAGACGCUUUCUGAACCGUGUCAACAGUACGGUCUACAGCCCUACGGAAAAUCUGCAUCACCAGGGGUCCGAUUACGCUGCUUGGCUUCUGCGGUUGACCGCAGAUCUCUGGUCCCAUCAUGCGGCUGUCUACAACAAUCUGCCCGAAUUUCUGCUGACGACUUAUCAAAGUGAUGCGCCCAUCGCAGACUCGCCCACGGCACACAUCGAGGGACUCCUACCGAGAGGCAACAAUCCCUGGAACAUCGUUCGAUUGAAAGGUCGUUACUAUGCCGGUCAAUACAUAAUCCAUCGGCCCUUUGUAGAGUAUGCAUUGCUCAAUGCGGAUCGGCUCGAAUCGCAUCCUGCAAAAGACUCCAUUCUGAAUGGCUGCAUGAUGUGCAUUGAGGGCUGCGCGGGAUUCAUUCGUGUCUUCAACGUCGACCCUGCCAACAGUAUUACUGGUCUUUUCGCUGGUGGAAUGGUAACAUUCACAAUGAUUACCAUUUUGAUGGUUUCGACUAUCACGCCGGCAAUGAGUAGCAUAGUCCCGCAUGACGUCGAGGAGUCCAUCAUCACUGGAGUCCACAACCUUCGCCGCUUCAGCAACAGUGUUAAGGAGUUCUCAUGGCAUUUGAAAAUUUUGGAACGUUUGGAUAUUGCACGGAAGGCCAGACUGGCAGGUAGUAACGUAUGA